ACUCUUCCCCCCCCCCUCCCUCUCUCGCACUUGGCGCUUGUGCGAUCCCGGGAGGAGCGAGCGGCGGCGCACCCCAGCCCCCUCCUGGGCGGAGCUCGCCGCUGCGCUCUUCCGAGAGCCGCCGCCGGGACUGCUGCGCGCUCGCCCGGGCAGUGGCGCGGCGGAGCUGGAGCCGACGAGGCGCACGGAGAUCGCGGCGGCUGAUCCGCGGAGAUCGCGCUUGCUUCGCCAUGAGCUUCCCUCGGCCCUUGCGCCGAUCCGUCAGCCUGAGCUCUGCGCGGACCCUGAGGCUCGUGGUGCUGGGACAGGGCGCCGUGGGCAAAACAGCUUUGACAGUGAGAUUCAUCACUAAGCGAUUUAUUGGUGAUUAUGACCCUACUCUAGAGAUGAUUUAUAGGCACACAGCUGUCAUCGAUGGAGAGAUGGUGCAUUUUGAAAUUCUUGAUACAGCAGGACAGGAGGAGGAUUCUCUACAAAUUGAAGAGAAGAUAAAGUGGGGAGAUGGCUUUGCUGUGGUUUACUCCGUCACUGACAGGUGCAGCUUCGACGAAGUCAUGAGGCUCUGCUUCCUUAUCAACCACAUCCAUUCCAGCCCAAAGCGGAGCAGCGCGAGUGGAGAGCCGCCCAUUGUGAUUGUCGGGAACAAGAAGGACCUGCAGUUUGACCGCAUGGUGUCCUCUGAGGAUGGGGAGAACCUCUCCAAGGCCCUGAAGCAUCCUUUCUACGAGAUCUCUACCAGGGACAGCUAUGAGGAGACGGUGGUGGUUUUCAACACUUUAUACAAUGAGCUGAUGAAGCAAGGUCAUUUUUCCCCAGGGUCCUUCAAGAGGCGAGCAGUGUCUAAACUAAUGGAAAAGAUCCCAAAGAUUCACGCCAACUCAACUCUGGCCUCGGGUGGCAGGAGCCUGAGCUUCAAUUCCUUCAGGGACUACAUCCCGGAAUGAACUUCUGCACAGGCCAUUGUGAAAUGAUGGGCAAUUUACGCAGGGACCAGCUGGAGUUGGCAAGGGAGAGUGUGCAGAGCUGGUGAACUGGCAAGUCCAGAGACCUGUGCAUUGUUAGGAAAGGUGUUGUUUUCCCCUAACUACCUUUAAAGGCAGGAAGGUAACAGGGUGACCCUAGACCAGCUUUGUGGUACAGCAGACAUUAAGACCAACCUGACUUGGUCAGACCAA